CUCACCGCGCCUUUUUAGGCUUCCGCGCCGAUUGAACGGCGAUCAGAAUAAUCAGAAAUCGCCGGCGAGAAAAUGGCAUCGAUAACGAUUCGAUUUUAAAUCCUAUCCCCUGGCGGUGGGACCUGCCGGAGCACCAAUGGGGAAUCGAACGGAAGUCUCUGACAUUGAUGUACUCUGAAGAUGAAAAGAGAGAGAAAGAGAGAUCCUCUUGGACCUACGAUUUUUGACCCAAGUAUUGUUUACGGAUGAUUUUGAAAUACUAGUGUAUUUGAAGAGUAGAAAUAAAACAAUAUUUUCAGAGAGAGAGAGAGAAAGAGAGAGAAACCCUUGCAUUUUAGAGAGAGAAACGAGAGAAACCCUUGCAAUUUUCAACUCUGCAAAAGAAAAGGACACAGAGAGAAAGACGCUUGUUUCUUUGUUUCUACAAUGGCUUCUGGAUCCUCCACUGAUUUUGGAUUUUUCAAAUUAAUUUUGGAAACAGCUCUUCGGAAAAAAAUGCUAGAACUUCCAAAAAAGUUUGUGAGGCUGUAUGGCAAAACUCUAUCGAGUUCAGUGUGUCUCAGACCUCGUUGUGGUUCAAAAUGGAAAAUAGGUUUGGAGAAAAGAGAGGACAAGGUGUGGCUGUGCCAGGGUUGGCCAGAAUUUGCCAAGCUCUAUGCCUUAGACUUCGGGCACUUCCUUUUCUUUAAAUAUAAAGGAAAUUCUCAGUUCUAUGUUUCAAUUUGUGACAUCUCUGCUUGUGAGAUACAUUAUCCUUCUAUUCCUGCCAAUCUGAAUGACCCUAAUGUCUAUGUGCCCAAGAAGGAAAAAACCAUUGGUUAUGUUGAGUCACUUCAAAUGUUUGGCAGUUCAUCUUCUGAGGAGAAAUAUAUACCACCAUCUUCUCCACCUCAGAAGAGAACGAGAACCAAUGCUAGUGGUGAAUGUCAGAAAGAAGGAACCCACCGUAUUCGUAAAGUUAAAACUGAAUGUACUAGCGAUGAUGACUCUGGCAUUCAUUCAUGGGGUGCAGCUGAAGUGACAAGAUCUCAACAUCGUCAAGGGAAAGGUGUUGCCAAGAAAGGAAAGUAUGGAAAAUUCCAAUCCCGAAACCACACAUCUGCUGGGCUACGCACUCUUAGAGAUGGCAAAACUCUUGAAGAUGCCAGCAAAUUCUCUUAAAGAAAACCCUUCUUCAAACCAUUCGUGAUAAAUCCUUAUAAUGUGCGUUUGCCGACUUCCUUUGUGAAGAGACAUAUUGCACCAGAUGCACGAAGGAUAAAACUUUAAGUAGGGACUGGAUCGUGGCGCGUAGAGUUAUUAAAUUACAAAUUGGGAUAUUUUCUCGGCUCAGGGUACUCGAGAUUUCUGACGGGGGAACUCUCUGCAGCGAGGAGAUGUCUGUAUCUUUGAGCUGAAUGCGAGGAAGAAUAAGAGCAAAAUUGUGCUCAAAGUUUCCAUUUUCCGAAGUAAUGUGCUUUAAUUGGCAGUCCUUGUUAUAAUGUGCUUUAUUAUGUGCCGUAGCGUCUGUAUUUUUUCAUGUCAUGUGGAUUUGAACAUGGUUUCAACCAAAAUGCACUAGUCACUUAAAUGCUCUUUGACAGAAAUAUAUGUAUUCUGUUCUUUGCUCCA